UCUAUUAAAAUCUCACAGAAUUUUUAAUUAUAUUUAAUGUUUCUCUCAAAUGACAGUCAACUUAUUAGAUGGAACUCUUCAGGUAUUAAAUGCUUUAAUAUUUUGAUUAAGCCAUGAACACAGGAAAUCAAAGUUUUGGGACAGAUUUUAUACUUCUUGGGCUUUUCCAAUAUGGCCAAACGAACACUUUGCUCUUUGCUGCCAUUGUCAUCAUCUUUCUGGUGGCUCUGAUGGGGAAUGUCAUACUGAUCCACCUCAUUCGACUGGAUGCCAGACUCCACACCCCGAUGUACUGGCUGCUCAGCCAGCUCUCCACCAUCGACAUCAUGUACAUCUCCACCACUGUGCCCAAGAUGGCAAAGGACUUUCUCUCACAGAGUAAGACCAUUACCGUUUUGGGCUGUGAGAUUCAAACAUAUAUGUUCUUGGUCCUCGGUGGAGCUGAAGCUCUUCUUCUAGGUUUCAUGUCUUAUGAUCGAUAUGUAGCCAUCUGCCAUCCUUUACGUUACCCUACACUCAUGAGCAAGAAGACCUGCUGCUUCAUGGUUUCAUGUGCAUGGACCAGUAGUUCUGUCAACUCUUUAGUACAUACGCUCUAUGUAUUUCAGCUUCCAUUCUGUAGGUCUCGGCUCAUUAACCACUUUUUCUGUGAAAUUCCGUCUCUACUGCCAUUGGUGUGUCAGGACACAUCCCAGUAUGAGCAUACUAUCCUGUUGAGCGGGCUUAUUAUUCUGCUGCUACCAUUCAUGGCCAUUCUAGCUUCCUAUGCUCGUGUGCUUAUUGUUGUGUUCCAGAUGAGCUCAGGUAAAGGAAAGAAAAAAGCUAUUUCCACUUGCUCCUCCCACCUGACUGUGGCAAGCCUAUUCUAUAUCACCACUCUGUUUACCUAUACGAGGCCACACUCCUUGCAUUCUCCUUCACAGGAUAGGGUUGUGGCAGUAUUUUAUGCCAUUGUCACCCCUCUUCUGAACCCAUUUAUCUAUAGCCUGCGGAAUAAAGAUGUCAUGGGAGCUGCGAGGAGACUGUUGGUGUAAUAGAUACUGAUGCAGGUAGUAUGUUUUUAGAAACCCCUUAUUGACUGAGGAUUAACAACUGCAAAAGCUGUUCAUGAAUUUUGUCUGGAAUGAUGUAAGAAUGGGUUUUCUGUACAGAACCCGGAGAAAACAGUGUGCUUAUCAAACUUGUUUAACUUCUAAAGGAAUAGAAUUCAACUCUAUCAACUCAGUGUUCUAAUGGCAUUAAUAUUUUUACUGUCUUGUUUGUACUCUGAAAUUCAAUCCAUAGGAAAUAAAAUCCACCCAAACAUUUAGCGUCAAGAAAAUCUGUAUAACAACCAAAGUUAAUACAGAGACAACUACAUCCAUUCAUUAGCUGAACAAAUGCUUUAAUGCUUUAACCACGUGUGUGAUGGUUUCACAGACACUUGUGAUGUGGGAGGAAACAGAAAUAAAAACUGACAGAAAUUUAUGCUGAUCAGCAACCUUAAUUCCAUCUGCGAUCUUAAAUUCCCUCUGCUAUAUAACCUUAACAUAUUGACAAGUUCCAGAAAUUAGGACAUGGACAUCUUUCAUGGGCCAUUUCUCUUCCUACCUCUUUAAUGUUCUUUACAAAGGUAUAUGCAUAAAAGAAGAACACCAAGGCGAACUCCUUGUAACACCAAGACCUGACUGAUAAUACCUGGCUACUGGCCAGCUCUGACUGGCAGGGGCUGCUUAUCUCAGGAGAGGAAUGUUCAAUUUCUAAACGUAGACCAUUUGCACCCUUGUGGGUGGGUUAAUUUACCUUACCAUGAUGCUUUCA